CCGGGGGUCGCCAGCGCCGCGCUUGCCCCUCGGCUUCGCCUUCACCUGGAUACAAUUCCCGAGCGCAGCCGCCCCAGGAUGACCACGCUGGCCGGAGCCGUGCCCAGGAUGAUGCGGCCGGGCCCGGGGCAGAACUACCCGCGCAGCGGCUUCCCCCUGGAAGUGUCCACUCCCCUCGGCCAGGGCCGAGUCAAUCAGCUCGGAGGGGUGUUUAUCAACGGCAGGCCGCUACCCAACCACAUCCGCCACAAGAUAGUGGAGAUGGCCCACCACGGAAUCCGGCCCUGUGUCAUCUCCCGCCAGUUGCGGGUGUCCCACGGCUGCGUCUCUAAGAUCCUGUGCAGGUACCAGGAGACGGGCUCCAUCCGCCCCGGUGCCAUCGGCGGCAGCAAGCCCAAGCAGGUGACAACGCCUGACGUGGAGAAGAAAAUUGAGGAAUACAAAAGAGAGAACCCGGGCAUGUUCAGCUGGGAAAUUCGAGACAAAUUACUUAAGGACGCUGUCUGUGAUCGAAACACUGUGCCCUCAGUGAGCUCCAUCAGCCGCAUCCUGAGGAGUAAAUUCGGGAAAGGCGAAGAGGAGGAGGCCGACCUGGAGAGGAAGGAGGCGGAGGAGAGCGAGAAGAAGGCCAAACACAGCAUCGACGGCAUCCUGAGCGAGCGAGCCUCCGCGCCCCAAUCGGACGAAGGCUCGGACAUCGACUCGGAACCAGACUUGCCCCUCAAGAGAAAGCAGCGCCGGAGCCGAACCACCUUCACCGCGGAGCAGCUUGAAGAGCUGGAGCGAGCUUUCGAGAGAACCCACUACCCCGACAUCUACACGAGGGAGGAGCUGGCACAGAGGGCCAAGCUCACCGAGGCCCGAGUCCAGGUUUGGUUUAGCAACCGCCGUGCGAGAUGGAGGAAGCAAGCUGGCGCCAAUCAACUGAUGGCUUUCAACCAUCUCAUUCCGGGGGGAUUCCCUCCCACAGCCAUGCCGACCCUGCCAACAUACCAGCUGUCGGAGACAUCUUACCAGCCCACAGCUAUUCCGCAAGCCGUGUCGGAUCCCAGCAGCACUGUUCACAGACCUCAGCCGCUUCCUCCGAGCACCGUCCACCAAAGCACCAUUCCUUCCAACCCAGACAGCAGCUCUGCCUACUGCCUCCCCAGCACCAGGCAUGGAUUUUCCAGCUAUACAGACAGCUUUGUGCCUCCAUCUGGGCCCUCCAACCCCAUGAACCCCGCCAUUGGCAAUGGCCUUUCACCUCAGGUAAUGGGACUGCUGGCCAACCACGGCGGCGUGCCGCACCAGCCCCAGACCGACUACGCUCUGUCGCCUCUCACCGGGGGCCUGGAACCUGCCACCACGGUGUCGGCCAGCUGCAGCCAGAGACUAGACCACAUGAAGAGCUUGGACAGCCUGCCGACGUCUCAGUCCUACUGUCCACCCACCUACAGCAGCACGGGCUACAGCAUGGACCCGGUGCCGGGCUACCAGUACGGGCAGUACGGACAAAGUGCCUUUCAUUAUCUCAAGCCAGAUAUCGCUUGGUUUCAAAUUCUUUUGAACAUGUCGGACAGAAGCAGCGGAAGGAAGGCAGGCCUGGAACAGUCAAAAGAUAAAUGCAACAUUUUAAGGCAAUGAUUGAACGUGGCUACACAUCAAAUCCCCCGACUCUUUAGUGCCGAUGAUCAAGGAGCUAAAACAUUCCAUUUGUGUGUGUGCGUGCGCGUGCGCGCGUGUCUGUGUGUGUGAGGCUCAUCCGGACUGGCUCAGGCACGCAGAAUGUACUAAAACCUAGGCGGAGAGCACUCUAAAUAUAACCCGGUUGAUGCUCGAUGCUGACACUUAGACAAUUGAAAAACUGCUCACGUACCGAAGCAGGAAUGGAGGAGUCCUUGACUUUUACACACUGGAAAUUGAUAUAAAAAGAAAUGGCACCAUUUUUUUUUUUUUUUUUUUUAGGAAGUUAGGCUAGAUGUAAAGGACCUCCCAAAUAAAUUAUUUGUGAUCUUGUCCUCAUUGGUAACCCGGUUGUCAAUAAACAUCCCGGGCGGACGGCCUUGCUACCAGGAUGUGGGAUGGCAGGAAGAGAAGCUCGUCUCC